UCCACCGACCUUUGAACUUAAGUUCUCUCUCUGGCUGUUCGAUUGGCAGCAAUGGAGGCGACGGAAGGGGGAGGAAGAUCGGAGAUGGAGUGCACGAAGAUAGAGGUGCCGUCGGGCAGCCUUGACAGCUCCGUGAUGUUCUAUGUGGUAGCCGAGAUCCUAGGGUUCGUCCUUCACAUGCACCAGCAAAUCCCUUCCACCAUGCAGGAUAUAAGUCUUGAAUUUGAAAGUCUCAAGACUGAGUAUAAAGAAUUGGAGAUGGCUUGUGCACAGACUGAAGUGAGGCCAUCUCUACGGAGGAAAAAUGCUGGGAGAAAGCGAGAGGUCAAACAGGGGAUAAAAAGACUGGAGAAAUUAAUGGAAACCAUGUUUAGUCUUCAUACUGCCCUGCAACUAAUGAUCAGUGAGAUUCCUGAUAUUCAGCAAGUCAUGGUGGUUCUUGGAGCUAGUCCAGUUCACCCUCUACAUGUUUUUGAAGUGUGCUUUUCACGUGGAAAGGCUGUCUCUACAGAUGUUGGUGAUUUCACUAAAAGCAGAGCAGCGGAGGGGCUUUCAAGAAAGGUUGUCCGAACACUGAUCUCUAAGGGUGCAGGGUCUGAUUCUUAUCCUGGCCCCACCAAGUUAUUUUUGUUGGUCAAGGCUCCCUCUUCUCUCAAUAUGCCUUUGCAUUUUCUGCCCAAGCGUGGUUUUCGAUACAGCAAAAAGAUAGUGCCUUUCAGAUUACUACUCAAGUGUAAAACCCAAUAUCAGGAUAUGAAUGGUCAAACUGCCGACUCAAUCAGUUUGAGAGAUGGUUCUUCAAAUGAUUUAAUCUGGUUUCAGUGUAGACAUGUAGUUAAGGGCCUAGCGUUCAAAACAUCAUCCACAGAAGACUGAGAAGGGUGGUUCUUACCAUUUUGGAGAGAAUUCGGAGUAUGCUAGCUGUUGAUACUUCAUUGCAUAAAUGCUGCAGUGUUAAUGGCAUGGUAACUCCUAUUUUUUCUAUGAUAUUGGCAUGUUGAUGAUUCCAUUUCUUCCAACAUAUUGUGUGUAUUGGCAAAAUGUGGUAGAUGUUGUCUGGUGAAGCAUAUCACCGCUAAAAGAGCCCCGUUUUUGUUGCAAACUCAUGUAUUAUGUGUUGUGCAACACAAACGGAGACUUAUGAUUAAGUCUUAUAUUCUAUCUUUCUUAUAUGAUCUUUGGGCAAUGUUAACUAUUGCUCAAAGAGGAAUGGU